AACAGAACAAAGUUCACGAGCCCGGGAAAAUUUUGAGAUGCACAGAUUUUGGUGAGACUUUGAGAGCCAAAAAAUUUCUCCAAACUACCAUUUUCACAACUCAUUUUCAGUUUUCACGCAAUUUCGCUGCUUCUCUCUUUCUCUCUCCUACUCUCAAGUUUUCGCGAAACUCUUCUGCAUUAACUGCUGCAAUUGAGGUUUGCGGCAUAGUUUUGCUGUUGUAAUUAUGCAUAUUAAGCAGGUUAUUAUCGAAGGGUUUAAGAGUUACAAGGAGCAAGUAGCCACUGAAGCAUUUAGUUCUAAGGUCAAUUGUGUAGUUGGUGCUAAUGGUUCUGGCAAGUCAAAUUUCUUUCAUGCAAUUCGUUUUGUCCUCAGUGAUCUAUUCCAAAAUCUUCGCAGUGAGGAUAGGCAUGCAUUACUUCAUGAAGGAGCAGGAAAUCAAGUUCUGUCUGCAUUUGUGGAGAUCGUGUUUGAUAAUUCAGACAAUCGAAUUCCGGUUGAUAAAGAGGAAGUUCGCUUACGGCGCACAAUUGGGCUAAAAAAGGAUGAAUACUUUCUGGAUGGAAAGCACAUCACGAAAACUGAGGUCAUGAACCUUUUAGAAAGUGCUGGCUUUUCGCGCUCGAAUCCUUAUUAUGUUGUACAGCAAGGAAAGAUUGCUUCAUUGACACUUAUGAAGGAUGCAGAACGACUUGAUCUGCUCAAAGAAAUUGGAGGCACUCGGGUUUAUGAGGAGAGGCGGCGUGAAAGUUUGAAAAUUAUGUAUGAAACAGGUAAUAAACGGAAACAGAUCAUUGAAGUUGUCAAGUACUUGGAUGAGCGAUUAAAGGAGCUGGAUGAGGAGAAAGAAGAUCUAAGGAAAUAUCAGCAGCUUGACAGGCAGAGAAAAUCCUUGGAGUAUACUAUCUAUGAUAAGGAACUCCAGGAUGCUCGACAGAAGUUAGCAAAGGUUGAAGAAGAGCGGGACAAGGUUUCUGAGAAGUCGACUAAAAUGUACAAUGCUGUUCUUGAGUCUGAAGAGAAAGGGAAGGACUUGGAUAAGGAUUUCAAAAGGCUUACCAAAGAGCAUCAAGUAUUAAGUAAAGAGAAAGUGGCAGUUGAGAAACGUCGUACAGAAGCGAUAGAGAGGAAGACAAAGCUUGAGCUUGACUACAGAGAUAUGAAAGAGAGGAUUUCCAGAAGUUCACGUGCCAAGAAUAGUGCUGCCAAACAGCUUGAGGCUAUGAAGCAAGAAAUCUUGGAAUCAAGAACUGAGCUUGACAGUAUUAAGCCUUCUUAUGAUGCUUUAAAGAUGCAGGAGGAUGAGAUGACGAAAGGAAUAAUGGAGCGUGAAAAAAAGCUCAGUAUUCUUUAUCAGAAGCAAGGUCGUGCCACUCAGUUUUCUAGUAAAGCUGCCCGUGAUCAAUGGCUUCAAAAGGAAAUUGAUGAACUUGAGCGGGUUCUUUCUUCAAACUUAUCACAGGAACAGAAACUCCAGAGUGAAAUCGAUAACCUUAAUACUCAGCUCAGGGAUAGAGAUGAUUUUAUUAAAUCCCGAAAAUCUAGUUUGGCAGCGAUUGAAAACAACAUUAACCAGUCAAAUGAGGGGUUUAUCACAUCCAAGGGACAACGAGACAAGCUACAAGAUGAACGGAAGUCCUUAUGGGAGCGAGAAAAUGAACUAUUGUCCGAGAUUGAAAAAUUAAAGUCAGAAGUGAUGAAGGCAGAAAAGAAUCUUGACCAUGCCACUCCUGGUGAUAUUAGGAGAGGACUGAACACUGUUAAGAGUAUAUGUAAGCAGUACGGAAUAGUGGGUGUUUGUGGGCCAGUUAUUGAGCUGUUGGAAUGUGAUGAGAGAUUUUUUACUGCAGUUGAAGUUACUGCUGGAAACAGCUUAUUCCAUGUGGUGGUUGAUUCGGAUGAAACGGCUACAACAAUUAUUAGACAUCUCACUGCAUUGAAGGGUGGCCGAGUGACUUUCAUACCUCUGAACAAGGUCAAGCCUCCAUAUGUCAACUGUCCACAAAGUGACGAUGUAGUACCUUUGUUGAAGAAACUAAAGUUUCAAGAAAUCUAUACUAAAGCAUUUGCCCAGGUAUUUGGAAGAACUGUGGUCUGUCGGAAUCUGGAUGUAGCAGCAAGAGUUGCUCGUACAGAUGGUUUAGAUUGCAUUACUCUGGAAGGUGACCAAGUAAGCAAGAAAGGUGGGAUGACAGGAGGGUUUUAUGACCAUAGACGCUCUAAACUGAAGUUUAUGAUAAUAAUUAAGCAGAACACUAAGGUUGUUGGUUUGAAGCAGGAAGAACUAGAAGAAAUUAGGCUCCAACUUCAAGAUAUCGAUCAGAAAAUUACAGAGAAAAUCACAGAACAGCAGAAAGUAGAUGCUGACCGUGCUCAUCAACGAUCAGAAGUGGAGCAGCUUCGUCAAGAUAUUGCAGAUGCUAACAAGCAAAAGAGAUCCAUAUCUACUGCCCUGGAAAAAAAAGAAAAAUUGCUUUCUAAUGUACGCACACAAAUUGAGCAACUUAAUGCCAAUGUAGCCUUGAAACGGGCUGAGAUGGGUACAGAUCUUGUUGAUCAUUUGACUCCAGAGGAGAGGAAUCUUCUGUCUCGAUUGAACCCAGAGAUCAAGGAAAUGAAGGAGAAUCUCAUGGAAUGCAGGACGAAGCUUGUAGAGAUUGAAACAAAAAAGUUAGAGCUUGAAACCAAUCUUUCUACAAACCUGUUGCGUCGCCAACAGGAGUUAGAAGCCAUUAUAUCAUCUGCAGAAAAUGAUAUGUUAGCAGCUGAAGCUGAGUCAAAGCAGAAGGAUGUGGAUGAGGCUAAAUCUUUGGUGGAGGAGGCAACAGAGGAACUCAGAAGAGUUUCCAUGUCAAUGGAUAAUAUAACAAAGGAACUCAAGAAAAUUAAAAUUGAAAAUGAUAGAUUGCAGAAAUUAAGAGAAGACUAUGAGAAGCAGCUCCAGAAGGAAGCAGAAGAACUGGAGCAGUUAAUAAGUAACAAGAAUAUGCUUCUUGCUAGGCAGGAAGAAUACUCGAAGAGAAUUAGAGAAUUGGGUCCACUGUCAUCAGAUGCUUUUGACACGUAUAGGAGGAAAGGUGCCAAAGAAUUGCAUAAGAUGCUUCAUAAGUGUAAUGAACAACUUCAACAGUUUAGCCAUGUGAACAAAAAAGCUUUGGAUCAAUAUGUAAAUUUUACUGAGCAACGAGAAGAGCUCCAGAAUAGGCAAGCUGAACUAGAUGCAGGUGAUGAGAAAAUUAAAGAACUGAUUGAAGUUCUGGACCAACGAAAAGAUGAGUCAAUAGAGCGUACUUUUAAGGGUGUUGCCAGGAACUUUCGAGAGGUAUUCUCUGAACUUGUGCAAGGAGGUCACGGAUUCUUGGUUAUGAUGAAGAAAAAGGAUGGAGACAAUGGUGAUGAUGAUCAGGAUGAAGAUGGGCCUCGUGAAGCAGACACUGAGGGAAGGGUUGAGAAAUAUAUUGGAGUGAAAGUGAAGGUUUCAUUCACCGGGCAAGGGGAGACACAGUCUAUGAAGCAGUUAUCUGGGGGUCAGAAAACUGUCGUAGCAUUGGCAUUGAUCUUUGCCAUACAGCGAUGCGAUCCAGCUCCGUUUUAUCUUUUUGAUGAAAUAGAUGCCGCACUUGAUCCUCAGUACAGAACUGCUGUUGGAAAUAUGAUCCGUAGGUUAGCUGACCAUGCAACUACACAAUUCAUUACCACAACAUUCCGUCCAGAGCUUGUGAAAGUUGCCGACAAGAUCUAUGGAGUGACACACCAUAAACGCGUGAGUCGAGUCAAUGUUGUCUCCAAGGACGAGGCUUUACAGUUUAUUGAGCGAGACCAGACUCACAAUGCUGAUCAUUGAGGGAAGAAGAGUCAUGCUGUAUAUGCUUGCUUUAGAUGACCCUAUGGUGGUGGACACCUCGAACUGAACCUGUACAUUGCUGGAUAGUUUAGGUCAAAUGUAUGCGUUGUACAUAGAUUGGAGUAGGAUAUCUAACGUUCUUAAUCUUGUUUGUACAAUUUCGUAUGAUCAGGCGUAUGCUUUUCUCUGUCAGCUGCUUAUUUAGAAGCAUCCUUUAUUAGUGUAUUAGUGUAUAUUUUGUUGAUCAUGGUCGUUAAUUAGGGUUGAUAACUGUGGAACAGAAAUGUUUCGCAGUUAAGAGUUUGAUUCUGGCAUCAUAUUUGGUCCAAAAUAUUGAAAAUUUGUAAUAGAGAUCUUGGCGGCUAAAACUAACCAGUUAUUUAUGGUAACUCUUAUGACCAGAAAUCAGAAUGGACACGGCAAUUUUACUA